GUCGACUAUAACCAGUGACAGGCAAAAUGGGGACGGCGGAGAAGAUGGAGGUGGAAAACAAGAAAGGUGAGGGCUACAAGCCUUACUAUACUCACAAGACAGAAAAUCUACAAGUUAUUAUAUCAGAGAAAAUGCAGGACCUCAGAAGACUGCAGGCUCAACGCAAUGAGUUAAAUGCAAAAGUUCGCCUACUUCGUGAGGAGCUUCAGCUGCUGCAAGAGCAGGGCUCUUAUGUAGGGGAAGUAGUGAAGCCAAUGGACAAGAAGAAGGUGUUAGUUAAGGUUCAUCCAGAGGGCAAGUUUGUUGUUGACCUUGAUAAAAACAUUGACAUCAAUCAGGUCACAGCCAAUGCCAGAGUGGCACUACGGAACGAUUCAUAUACUCUUCAUAAAAUUCUACCCAAUAAGGUUGAUCCACUGGUGAGUCUGAUGAUGGUUGAGAAGGUGCCUGAUUCUACAUAUGAGAUGGUUGGUGGUCUUGAUAAGCAAAUCAAGGAGAUCAAAGAAGUCAUAGAGCUUCCUGUUAAACAUCCUGAACUCUUUGAUGCCUUGGGUAUUGCUCAGCCUAAGGGUGUGUUGCUGUAUGGACCUCCAGGGACAGGUAAAACUUUGCUGGCCCGAGCUGUAGCACACCACACAGACUGUACAUUCAUUCGUGUCUCAGGUUCAGAACUAGUUCAGAAAUUUAUCGGCGAAGGUUCAAGAAUGGUGAGAGAACUCUUUGUGAUGGCUCGUGAACAUGCUCCCUCUAUUAUUUUUAUGGAUGAAAUUGACUCUAUUGGAUCUUCUCGCAUUGAAUCGGGUAGUGGGGGCGACUCUGAAGUACAGCGAACGAUGUUGGAAUUACUGAACCAGCUGGAUGGCUUUGAGGCCACCAAAAACAUCAAGGUUAUUAUGGCCACAAACCGUAUUGACAUACUGGACCCAGCUCUGUUACGUCCAGGACGUAUUGACCGCAAGAUUGAGUUCCCUGCUCCAAAUGAAGAGGCUAGGCUAGACAUUCUAAAGAUCCAUUCUCGCAAGAUGAACUUGACAAGAGGAAUAAACUUACGAAAGAUUGCAGAAAUGAUGCCUGGAGCAUCGGGAGCUGAAGUGAAAGGUGUGUGUACAGAAGCAGGAAUGUACGCAUUGCGAGAGCGUCGUGUGCACGUUACGCAAGAAGAUUUUGAGAUGGCUGUUGCAAAGGUGAUGCAGAAGGAUAGUGAAAAGAAUAUGUCUAUCAAGAAGUUGUGGAAAUAAACUAGUAUUUCUACUUUGAUUUGUAUACUGUAGUUUUAAAUUUGUCAUUUGAAACUUAAUGUACCAUACCUUGAGCUAUAGGAUGCAGGGAAGAUGCAUCUUUGUUCUAUUUAUUGUAUAUUUGUUUACUUAUAUGUCGAUUUCCCUCACAUUAUUUGUCUAAUCAACUUAUUUUUUUCAUAUGCCAUUUUUAGAUUAAAAUUAUUUUGUGAUUUGGUUAGCGAUUAUCUGUUUAGGUCUUUGGAAAAUAAAAAUU